CUAGAACGGGGCGGGGCGGGUCAGAAGUAAAUACCCAUGCCCCGCCCCACACUACUGCGGGUCGGGUAAUACCCGCCCCAUCGCGGGUCAGGUCAGGUAAUACCCGCGGGGCGGGUUGAAAUUGCCAUCACUAGAAUCAGGGUUUCAUGGAGGUGUGUUUUGAGGGGGAUGCUAAGGUCAUUAUUGACAAAAUCAACCAUGCGGAUGCUAGUGAUAGUCGGAUUGGUGCUAUUCUUGCGGAAAUUAUUCAUCACUUGGCGGUUCGCUCAGGGUUUAGUGUUAGAUUUGUAGGUCGACGUAGCAAUAGGGUAGCCCACUUGGUGGCUCGUAAGGGCCUCUCUUUGUACCCGACUGCGAGUCGUUUCUUUGAUUUUCAGGCCUAGCUGCUCUCAGGGAUGUAACUAUCUUUUGUUUCGAUCAAUGAAGAUUAUCUUUUGUAAUAAAAAAAGACCGUUUUCGGAGCUGGAAAUCUGGUCAAGUGUUCUAGAUAAUGAUGGGGUAAAAGCACCGGGACCCGAUGGCUUUUCGUGAGAAUUCUACAAAAAAUGCUGGACUUGGCUCAAAUAUGGUAUUGUGAAUGCAUUCAAUGAGUUCCAUUUGUCAGGGAAACUACCUACGAGCACUACUCAUUCUUUCAUCUGCCUUGUGCCGAAGAAAGAUAUUGUUGAAGAUAUUAAAGAUCUGAGGCCCAUUAGUUUAAUGGGUAGUAUUAACAAACUCUUUAUCAAGGUAUUGGCCAGAAGACUCAGGGAGGUUCUCCCCUAUCUUGUUUCUGUUAAUCAGCAGGCAUCGGUAAAUGGAAGACAAAUUGCGGAUGCGAGGCUCAUCGCAUUCGAACUGGUCGACAGCCGGCGCAAGAGCAGAAAACCCGGGCUGAUGUUCAAGUUAGACAUCGAGAAGGCGUUCGAUAAUGUAAGUUGGAACUGUUUACUCAAUGUGUUGUCUAAACUUUGCUUCCGACGCAAGUGGCAAGAUUGGAUUCGUGGCGUCAUGUGCUCUCCCAUGAUUUCGUUAUUAAUCAAUGGCGAAUCAAAAGGGUACUUUCCAACUUGCAAAGGUCUUCGACAAGGCGAUCUCCUAUCGUCGGGUCUCUUUGUACUUGUAAUGGACAUCCUAUCUUUCAUGAUAGCUAAGCUUAAAGAAGAAGGAAGAGUCAGCGGCUUCUACAUGGAUGAAAGAAAUAGCAGAGGAGAAGUUAACCAUCUACUUUUUGCAGACGAUACUUUAAUCUUCUGUGAUGCAGAUUAUGAUCAAAUUCUGAAUAUCCUAGCUACUCGUGCGUGCUUCCAAGCUGUCACCGGACUGAAAAUUAACCUGGAGAAGACAAUUAUGUUCACAGUUGGCAAUGUGCCAAACCCGGAUUACCUUGCUGCGAUUUUUGGAUGCAAAUGGAGUCGGGAACCUUCCAAGUAUCUUGGGUUUCCGCUGGGAGCUAAGGCUAAUGCUAUAUCCACUUGGAGCACCAUCUGUGAUAACUAUCAAAAGCGCCUUGACGGGUGGAAGAGACGUUAUUUGUCUCUAGGAGGCAGGCUGACCUUGAAUAAAGCAAUACUCUCCAAUCAGCUUGUUUAUUACUUCUCCCUGCUUCGGGAGCCAGCUGCAAUAAUUAAGAAUAUGGAAAAAACACAGUGCAAGUUCAUUUGGAGUGGGCCGGGAGACAACCAUAAAGUUCCUUUAGUUAAAUGGGAUAUAUGUAAAGCUCCCAAGGAACGUGGUGACCUAGGAGUCAUUGAUCUAUCCAGUUUUAACAAAGCAAUGUUAAGCAAGUGGAUUUGGAGAUAUACAAGUGAAAGGGGAAGUUGGUGGAGGUCUCUCAUUGAAAUCAAGUAUUCAAACACUACAUCUUCCUGACAUACUGGUAGGAGUAGCAAUGGGUUUUAAGGUUCAGUUUGGGUCAAUAUCACAAAGGAGGAUAGUGAUUUCUGGAAACUCGCUAACAUUGACCCCGACAAUGGAGCUUGGGUCUCCUUCUGGCACGACGCUUGGAUCCUUGAAGUGACUCUUACUAAUUCCUUCCCGCGUGUCGCCGCCGCCACACUGAAUCAAGAAGCCUGGAUCUCUGACUACUUUAUCCGAUCUGGUGAGAAUGUGAGUUGCACUUUUUCUUUAAAUUAUAAUCUGAGAGCAAGGGCUGAUAGAGAGCAGGUUUCUCUUCUAAAUCUUCUUAAUUAUGUUGUUAUCUCAAGGGUGACCAGUGGACCUCCUAGGCUCGUCUGGUCACCACGAUCAGAUUCCUUGUUUUCUGUCCAAUCAAUGUACAGGUGCCUCUUCAAGGAGCGUUUUGAAGGAGUACCAAACUUCCCUGCUGCUUCCGUUUGGCGCCAAUCAAUUUCCAUCAAGAUCUGCACUUUCAUUUGGCUUCUAUCCCACAAGAAAAUACUCAUUCUCGACAACCUCAAGAAGAAGGGGUGGCUGAUCGCGAACCGAUGUGAGCUGUGUCGAAAAGAGGAAGAAACUGUGGACCAUCUUUUUGUUGAUUGUGAAUUUACCCGCGAUAUUUGGAACAGGUUGCAAAGGAUCUGCAGCAGUCUUAAUCCACCAUCUAGAGACACUUUGUCCAUAAUUUGCAGGUGGAGGAAGGAUGAUCCGAGUGACUUUAAUGGUUGGAUCAGUUAUUCUGCCUACCACUCUAUUUGCUGGCAGGUGUGGUUAGAAAGAAACCAACGCAUCUUCCAUUAUAUUAGUCUCGACCCGGCUGUCAUCCUCAAGAAAGCAUCUAGAUCCAUGAUUGAUUGGCCAAUCUCGCAUGAGAAGAUUGGGAGGGAGCAAUGUUUGCAGUGGCUUAAUGCCAUUUUAUCCAUUUUGUGACGACUUCUCUUUGAAAUGAGAUACGAAGGGUGUGAUUUGUUUGCACAUGUCGGUUUAGGUGGUACUAAUGUGGAUAGUGGCAAAGUUGGAGCGUUCUAUUGUUUUCAAAGAUGUUGACAGGUGUUGUUGUUACCUCUGGAUUAAGUGUUGCUGAUGUUGUUGCUUUGUUCAUGCAAUGCUGGUUGUCCCAGUGGAGAGUUUAUAAGAAGUGCUGAUGGAGUGUGCUACUAGUUUCUGUUAGUCAUAUGCAGAGCUGAUCAACAUUUCUUUCCUUCGUUUGUAUGUGGCUGUAGUCGUGAGCUCUCACCUUUUGACAUUUUCUUUCCUUUUCCCUUUGUGGUUCGGGGCUUCUGAACCGGCCCUUUUCAUUUAAGUUUGUAAUCACUAUUAACUUCCUGGUUUCAUUUCGAUUUUAAUAUAUUUUCCAAUGCCAUUAUAUAAAAAUAAAAUAAAAAGAGUUUUGUUUAUUUGUUUGUUUUGUUGUAAAGAAAUUCAUAAUGUGCGGCUCCCCAUCCCCGCCAGACCAUGCUCUUGAGUCAACGAUAAGUUUUAGCAUACAAGUGCUCUUUCCCUAUCCUCCUUUUUGGUCCCUAAAGUUUAUUUUCCAUCCAAACGAGAUACCGUUUUCUUGCCGCCACCCAUUUCGAUUCUUAAUACCUCAUUAAGAGCUCGUUGACUGUUGACAAACCGAGGCUGAGAGAGAUUAACCAUCUGAAAAUCGGCAUAAAUCCGGCGAAUAUUCCCCCGCUCCGGCGAGCCUAGACUCUAACCUCUCCUCAAUGCCUUUCUUUAUUUGCGUUGAAUAAGAUUCUUUUUUUCUCCGGCUAGCUUAUCAAUGCUUCUUUUAAAUUAUUAGCCACAGUUCCCUUUCACACGUCGAAAAGAAAAGGACAAACCAUUAAAGAAUCUUGAAAAUU